GACAGCAAUGAUGACACUGAAGAUGUCUCACUGUUUGACGCAGAAGAGGAGACAACCAAUAGACCAAGAAAAUCUAAAAUCAGACACCCAGUGGCAUCCUUCUUCCAUCUGUUCUUUCGAGUCAGUGCGGUUGUAGUCUAUCUCCUCUGUGAGCUUCUCAGCAGCAGCUUCAUUGCCUGUAUGGUGACGAUUAUCUUGUUGCUGUCAUGUGACUUUUGGGCAGUGAAGAAUGUCACUGGUAGACUAAUGGUUGGCCUACGUUGGUGGAAUCAUAUUGAUGAGGAUGGGAAGAGCCACUGGGUGUUUGAGUCCAGAAAGUCAACUCCUCAAGACAACAAGACUGUUUCUGAGGCUGAGUCAAGAAUCUUUUGGUUAGGACUCAUUGCCUGUCCAAUCCUGUGGGUGAUCUUUGCCUUUAGUGCGCUCUUCUCCUUCAGAGUGAAGUGGCUGGCUGUGGUGAUCAUGGGUGUGGUGCUGCAAGGUGCCAACCUGUAUGGGUAUAUUCGGUGUAAAGUGGGCAGUAAGAAGAACUUAACCAGCAUGGCUACCUCAUAUCUCGGAAAGCAGUUCCUAAAACAAAAAAGCGUAAUUUAAAAGAAGGAGACCUUGUUGCAUCUUAAACCAAAUGGGGUUAGAAAGUGUGGUGUUCCUGGAGACAGUCAGAGUUUGCUGGUGGUGUAUGUGUGUGCAGAUAGUCCUGUGACAGCAACAUGUCCCAAGUUCGUGUGUCCUCCACCUGAUGGAUCUUUUUGAUCCAUAAAAUGUAGGAAGAGGCCUUCAGUCUGUUUUGUCUGUUUGCAGAGUACAUUGUUCUCAGAGGUAAGUUUUGAUUCAAUGUAAGGGUGAACAUGUUAGUUUAUCUAUGACUUAGAAACAGUUAUUAAUUUUAAUGUGUUCUUUAUGGUAAAGACUUAUACAAGCAAGUAAAAGCUAAAUUAGGACAGUUGUUAACUGAUUUCUAAAAUUUUGUUUUUACUUGGUAAUAAGUCAUUUAUUUCAGGUCCAUUUGACAUAUGUGGAUAUUUGCAGCUAUGUGGGGUCACCCAGGGGCUGCUGCUGUGUUUCUUUUAAGUCACUCUGGAAAUUGUCUAAAAUCUCUUAGUGCUCAUUGGGUUAAUGAAAUAAUUACCUUUUAAUAAGAAUAUUAUUCUUAUGUAAUAAUGGGAGUAAUUGUUUAAAUACUUGGCAUAAUAAAUGCCUAUGAAACAUUCUAAGAUCUAUUUUUUUCUUGUUAUAAUGGGGGUAUUAUAAAUCAUACAUUUGUAUUAAGGAUAUUUCCUAAGAAAAGCAAUAUACUUCAGACUAAACCAAAUGUAAACUAUUGUAGGCAGCUGAAUUCUUUUGUAGCUACUGUAAAUUUUGUUGGAAUCUUUAGAUUAUGUUGUGAAUACAUUUGUCCAUUUUUGACAUUUUUAAAUGUCUUAUUUAUUGAAUAAGGGUCUUUAUUAGAGUGUAGCUUGGCAGUGUAUAACUUUAUAUUUAUAUAAAACUGCAGUUUAC